AUGUCAGGACGUCGCCGUACUUUGCUCAAGGUCAUCGUCCUCGGCGACAGUGGGGUUGGCAAGACGUCGUUGAUGAAUCAAUACGUGCACAAUAAAUUCAGCCAGCAGUAUAAAGCUACAAUCGGUGCAGAUUUCGUGACCAAAGAACUCCAAAUUGAUGAUAAGCUUGUCACGCUUCAAAUAUGGGACACGGCAGGGCAAGAGCGGUUUCAGAGUCUUGGAGUUGCAUUCUACAGAGGCGCAGAUUGCUGUGUUCUUGUUUACGAUGUUAAUGUCAUGCGUUCUUUCGAUAGUCUCGAGAAUUGGCACGACGAGUUUCUGAAACAGGCAAAUCCGGCUGAUCCAAAGUCAUUUCCAUUUAUUUUGCUCGGAAACAAGAUUGAUGUAGAUGGUGGAAACAGCCGAGUGGUUUCUGAAAAGAAAGCAAAGGAAUGGUGUGCUGCAAAAGGAAACAUACCUUACUUUGAGACAUCAGCAAAAGAGGACUACAAUGUCGACCCAGCAUUUUUUUGCAUCGCUAAAGCUGCUUUGGCCAAUGAGCAUGAACAGGACAUAUACUUCCAGAGCAUCCCAGACGCUGUCCCCGAAAACGAGCAACGUGGUGGUUGUGCCUGUUGA